UAAAGCAUAAGAGGACCUUUCUGCUCAGAGGCUCUGGACAAUGAUGCUGGCACAAGUGCUGCUUCAUGUGUGGUCUGGAGGUCCACAGAUUGCUUGGAAAAUAUUUGCAGGUGCUAAAAUCACUGCUAUGCAGCAAUGUUGUCCAGUAAGUCAAACCACUUUAUCGCAACAUAGAAAGAACACCUAAACCUGGGUAACAGGACUAGCACAGACAAACAAAAGGACAAUUUUGAUAGAGGUACAAUUGGAAGAAGUUGACAGACCUUUUAUCAACACCAUGUUUUCACAGAAGUGCAAUGAACUGUUUUCUUCAUUCUUAUAAAUCGUGCCUCUUUGCCUGGUUACUUUCAUAGGCUCCAUUCUUUAUACUAGAAUGACCAUGCCACAAAACAAACAAACAGACAACCAACCAACCAACAAAACAAAAAACUUAAGAAACUCUCAUUCUUCUUUGAAACCAUGUAUUUUAGUUAUGUCUGACUGGCAAGAGGGCUAAUGUAUCUGGCUCUGUACGUAAAAGUGUGUUCGCCCUUCCUUUUUCCAGCAGUGAUAUCAGCUUUGUCCAUACCAAAUGAUGGAGAAAAAAAGAGUUUUGACAAACUCCACCACACAUAGGAAAUAGGAGUGAUAGCCCACCAAAGCUACACAUUAAAUCAGCCCCACCAUGACACCCCCAAAGUGAACACAGGAACUGACCACUGAAUGACAACAUAUAAACUCUGUGAAAGAGGGCUGACAGUAGCCACUUUCUUCCCUGCUGUGACAAAGAAGCCACCAGCAAUGAAACUCCAGACUGCAGCUAUCCUCCUUGUCUUCUGGCUUGGCAUGCUCGCUGUGCACGAGGUGAAAGGGAGUGCUGGAAGUCAGCCCAUGCGCAGAUUCAGUUGUGUACGUCUGUCUACAAGGCAACUGAACAUCCGAAAUCUUGCCAGCUAUGAAAAGCAACAAGUUCCAGUAAACGCCACCCUGUUUAUAACCACAAAAGGUAUCAAGAUCUGUGUAAACUCUAAUCAGAAAUGGGUGCAGACUGCUAUGAAGAAAAUAGACCAAAAACGUGCCAUCAAAGACAAAUAAUCCUGUCCCAGGCAAGCAUCUAAGGCCAGCUAAAUGGAAUCAUCGUCAGUGCUGCACAUAACAAAGAAUAAAGCCUUAGUAUUUGCUUUUCAUUCCUACUUACUAAUUGGCAAUAAAAUCUCUGAAGAAACAGAAACUCACCAGAAUCUCACUCUUUGAAUGUCUGCCAACAUGUUUGUUUUAUAGAUGGACUCUGUUCACUGUUUAUCUUCUGAAAUGCUUGCUACUAUUUAUUUACAAAUGAGUGUAGAUACCUUCUCAUCCUUGCUGUCCUGACCAGUAUAGCAUUUAUAGGUGAAUGGCAGCUUCACAUACUGUAGGGAAGAAGAUGACCUCCACAGAACUGAAUGAGAGUAGACCUCCAUCCUGAUGGAGCUCAGAGUGUUUUGCAUUGAGUGCUGGGUUUGAGAAGGUGCUAAAUAAUUUAAUGGUUGCUCAUACCUUUAUAAUGUUUAAGUAAAGUAAUCUCAUGCUUCAGGCUACCACAUGGUCAGUGCAAUAUUCGGGAGAUGAUCCUUGGACCUUCCAUUUUUAUACACAGCAUUGUACUAUUAGCUCAGUUGACAAUGAUGUUUGGAUCCUCUCACCAAGGGAUGAUGUGAAGUAGUUCAGUGUAACUCUGAAAGGUUACUUCACUUUCACCCUCAUGUGAAACAAAUCUGAAAUAAUUGUUUUACUUUCUUCUUUGCUUUUCUCUGAACAAGCAAGAACAAACCAUGUCUAGAAUCUGUAUUUCACAAACUCAUAGUAACUCUCUGCCCUAGAGAUCUGUGUAUAUGUAAAUGCCUUAUAUUUUUAAAAUUGAUAAAUUCUACUAACAGAAGGUUUUGAAUUUUAAUAAAGUUACUAUAAACCUGGAA